AUGUCAUCACGCCCCGCUCUCUCAUCACACCCCACUCUCUCAUCACACCCCACUCUCUCAUCACACCCCACUCUCUCAUCACACCCCACUCUCUCACCACACCCCACUCUCUCAUCACACCCCACUCUCUCAUCACACCCCACUCUCUCACCACACCCCACCCUGUCACCACACCCCACUCUGUAUUCACCCCACUCUGUCCAACCUCUCCCUUUCCCCAUCUCCCUCUGUCCCCACCUCUCCCUUUCCCCAUCUCCCUCUGUCCCCACCUCUCCCUUUCCCCAUCUCCCUCUGUCCCCACCUCUCCCUUUCCCCAUCUCCCUCUGUCCCCACCUCUCCCUUUCCCCAUCUCCCUCUGUCCCCACCUCUCCCUUUCCCCAUCUCCCUCUGUCCCCACCUCUCCCUUUCCCCAUCUCCCUCUGUCCCCACCUCUCCCUUUCCCCAUCUCCCUCUGUCCCCACCUCUCCCUUUCCCCAUCUCCCUCUGUCCCCACCUCUCCCUUUCCCCAUCUCCCUCUGUCCCCACCUCUCCCUUUCCCCAUCUCCCUCUGUCCCCACCUCUCCCUUUCCCCAUCUCCCUCUGUCCCCACCUCUCCCUUUCCCCAUCUCCCUCUGUCCCCACCUCUCCCUUUCCCCAUCUCCCUCUGUCCCCACCUCUCCCUUUCCCCAUCUCCCUCUGUCCCCACCUCUCCCUUUCCCCAUCUCCCUCUGUCCCCACCUCUCCCUUUCCCCAUCUCCCUCUGUCCCCACCUCUCCCUUUCCCCAUCUCCCUCUGUCCCCACCUCUCCCUUUCCCCAUCUCCCUCUGUCCCCACCUCUCCCUUUCCCCAUCUCCCUCUGUCCCCACCUCUCCCUUUCCCCAUCUCCCUCUGUCCCCACCUCUCCCUUUCCCCAUCUCCCUCUGUCCCCACCUCUCCCUUUCCCCAUCUCCCUCUGUCCCCACCUCUCCCUUUCCCCAUCUCCCUCUGUCCCCACCUCUCCCUUUCCCCAUCUCCCUCUGUCCCCACCUCUCCCUUUCCCCAUCUCCCUCUGUCCCCAUCUCACUCUGUCCCCAUCUCCCUCUGUCCCCAUCUCCCUCUGUCCCCAUCUCCCUCUGUCCCCAUCUCCCUCUGUCCCCAUCUCCCUCUGGGUGCACGCAUUUCUCUUACUCAGUGUCCACCUUGGUAUCAGUCCGCACCGCGAUCUCCCUGUGGGUGAUUCAGUCCAGGGCUUAUCUGGGAGGGAGUGGGGCCAGGGAACACCCUGCCUCCAUGCCCAUAUUUCCGCCCUGUGGGUGUUUAAGUCCAGAGCUUACCUGGGAGGGAGUGGGGCCUGGGCACACCCAGUCCAGGGCUUAUCUGGGAGGGAGUGGGGCCAGGGCACACCCUGGUCCUCCUUGCCCAUAUUUCCGCCCUGUGGGUGAUUCAGUCCAGGACUUACCUGGGAGGGAGUGGGGCCAGGGCGCACCUGGUGUUUUCACAAUCCCUUCUCACACCCCCAUGCAAUCCUAUCCCCCCUCCCCCCUCUCCUCUCUGUUUCUUGACCCCAAACCCUCCUAUUCCAGAGCUUACCUGGGAGGGAGCGGGGCCAGGGCACACCCUGGUGUUUUCACAAUCCCUUCUCACGCCCCCAUGCAAUCCCAUUCCCCCUCUCCCCUCUCCCCUCUGUUUCUUCAACCCAAGCCCUCCCUGUGGGUGAUUCGGUCCACGGAUUAUCUGGGAGGGAGUGGGGCCAGGGCACACCCUGGUGUUUUCACAAUUCCUUCUCACACCCCCAUGCAAUCCUAUUCCCCCUCUCCCCCCUCUCCUCUGAUUCCUCACCCCAAGCCCUCCUAUGUCGAGCAUCGUAUUAUCAACAACGGUGCCGAUGUGUCGCACGGUCCUGGCAUCAACGGCAGGAAGGUUCGCGAGUCUCUACAGAAAGUGACGGCAUGGUGCAAGGCUGCCAUUAUGGCCCCCUCUGUCAACGGGAGCGGCCCCUGGUACAAGCCCAGUGAAAGGGCGUGGGCCUUCUCUACGACCGGAAUGAUUUACAUCUCCAUCAACGACAUUGAAGACACAGAGGGCAUCAACCGCUUUGCGCAGCCUGCACCUGUCCCGGCCCCGCAGCCUGUGCUGGCCCCAGUCGGGCAGCCUGUGCUGGCCCCAGUCGGGCAGCCUGUGCUGGCCCCAGUCGGGCAGCCUGUGCUGGCCCCAGUCGGGCAGCCAGUGCUGGCCCCAGUCGUGCAGCCUGUGCUGGCCCCAGCCGUGCAGCCUGUGCUGGCCCCAGCCGUGCAGCCUGUGCUGGCCCCAGCCGUGCAGCCUGUGCUGGCCCCAGCCAUGCAGCCUGUGCCUAUCCCGGCCUUCCAGACUAUGCUGGCCCCACUCGCGCAGCCCGUGCCUGUCCCGGCCGCACCAUUUGUGCCUGUCCCUGCCGCCCAGGUUGCGCCUGUCACGGGCGCGCAGGCUGAGCCCGUCCCGACCGCACGUCCUGGGCCUGCACCGGCUGCACAGGCAGGGCCUGCCCCGGUCACACAGGCUGGACCUGUCCAGGCCGCAUGGGGGGACGGCUUUCUGUUUGUAUGA